AUGGAGAAGCAGAAGCAACGACAGAAGAAAAAACGGGAAAAGCAACGUCAAUCAGUUCUGGAACAUCAGAUACCAGAUGCUCCCACAUUGGAAGAAUUUGAGUGCUUACUUGGGGAAUCACCCACAAAUUAUCCAAAGGGUGAAGGUGUGGAGAAUAUGGAGAGUGAAUUGCAUUCUGCAGCCAUUGAUACUGAUGUUUAUGAAAAGGAGAUUGCUGAGAGAGCAGCUCAUGAAAACGAAUGCAACUUGCAAGUAGAAACAGUCAAUAAGAUACUGCCAUUAGAUGAAAAUACUUAUGAUGAAAUUGACACUGUCGUACCCUUCUCAGCAGCCAAUAAUACUUUGAACAGUCAAAUAGAGCAAGUUCAAGUAAGUGUCACUACAAUUCAGCUAGUUGAUAUUCCAUCAACUACCACUGAAGAGCCAAAUCAAGCAGUGCAGAUUUCUGAAGAGUUAAGUGUAGCAUCUCCAUGCCAAAAACAAAUGGAAGUUUUAGAGAGCAAAAAAGACACACAGAAUGUGUUCAAGGAAGUCAGACCAUUCACAGAUCAGCAACUAGCAUCUUUGUACAAUAAUCAAGAACUGGCAUUGGUGGAUGCCUUUGUAAACGAGUUCACAGAAACCCAAUUAAGGUGUGGGCCACUGAGGCAGCAACACAGAUUACAUGAACUACUGAUGGGUUACUUGAGGGUGAGAAAUAACUUGAUUGCGAACUCGUACGAGUUAGAUCGUUUGAAGAAGAACUGUCGAGAGACUCAGAAACAGCUGUGGUACCUGGAGAAGACAUCGAUUACUGAGAGCGGCGAAUGCCAGGACGGCAAUCCAGUCACGGCCAGUCACGAGUAUGCAAUCGCUCAUUUCAACCAGCAGACUCUAGUAGCACUCUCUAGGACUUUGACAGCUAUUAAGGACACUUUGCAUAAUAGCCAGGCGUUAUAUUGUUACGAGGCAGAAUCUUUGCGCCUGCAGAUCGAGCAUUACGUGCAACGAGUUGCUCGGAGUUUUAGCGAGUUCGUUAGCCUUCCACAGACAGCUCCGGCGAAUCUCCUGCCGGAGCAAUCGCCGUCCCAGACGGCUCCGCAGCUGGUAGAGCUCAGAAUGUGCGUUACAAUCUUGUUCAAUUUCCAACGACGAGUCCUCAAGGAUGGAAAGUUCGUCACAGACACGAGAGAGUGGUUAUCGAAAUUGGUGGCAAUCCUCUUGAGAGUCGCUACAUGGCAAGACCAUUUAUUCUUAUUAAACCAUAUUUUACGGUGUCCUGGUGGCGUGAUGAAUUGGGCCAAGUCUUUCGUGCAAAUACCAGUGCAUCCGAAAGUAACUGGAUUGUGCUCCUCGUUGUUCAGUGACCCAUAUCUCGAUCACAUGAUCGCCACUCUCGCGGUGAUCCUACUACCGAUCAAAGAACGGGAUAAAUUUCUGGAACAGGUACAAGUAUCUUUGCAAGAUACCUCGAGUAGUCCAGGCGACACAGUGUGGGUGAUGCUAGAUGAAGAAGGCGAAGAAGACGAGGAUAUCGCCAAUAUUGGCGCCAAUCUGUUCGAAAGCGACUUAAUUUCCCUUCUUCAUCAGAUUCCGUUAGAAAAGCUCUUUGAGCAAGUGCUCUUUAUUCAAUGUCAGAAUAAUAGAUAUCAUCAGGAGGAAAAUGUUAUCACAGACCAUCACAUGUUACGUCUCUUUGCAUUCUACACGACGUUCGUCAGACUUCUUAAGCAAGGUCUGAAAACUUACGACUCGCCAAGGUAUAGGCAGUUGGCGAAGAGACUCAGUGCUCUAAUUAGAGACGUCGUUCAAUAUGCCAGCGAUCAAUGGGAAGUUUUCGACAGAAGCAAGGUAAUUGAUGAGUCGAUGCUACUGAAACUGCAGACCGAAUACGAUUGUUUCUUCGUAAGGGCGAUCCUCUGCAUCUUUUCCUCGCGACGUUUAGGCGCUUGGCAGUACCUCGCCGCGAUACCAUAUCACAUUAUAUUGCCUGCUACUCUGUGGCGCAUCUUCUAUAUUCUACACACCGAUUCUGCACCUAGCGACGUAGCAGUGUCAAAUAUGUCGGCUGCAGAUUGGGAGGCUGAACUAAGCUGUUCUGAACUUCAUAAACAAUUUGAAGAAAAGCUAUGCAACAUGCCUGGCGACGAGUCUUACUUUCUCCUAACUACUUUCGCUAACAUGGCCAUAGCGAGAGGUUACCAGGACUACGAUUUUGUAAGAACGGCCACGAUUGAUCUAUUCCAAAUUGGAUUUCUCAGUGAGAAAACUCAAGAGUCUUGCUCGAAGGACGCGAGAUCACUUUUAUCGAAUCUGACGAGCAAAUAUCCUACUCUUCUGUCUGACAUACUGCAUAAAUUGAAAGAUAAUUUCGUAUCAGUUGGAAAACUGAGUUUAUAUUUAUUCACCGAACUGAAGAUAGGAAUGUGGGUGCCACAGCAACAAGACAUGGAAAUUCUAUCUGCUUGGUUACAUCAACAUUCUUUAACUUCGUCUGAAAACCAUUUGGCUCGAUUAAUUCUUACACAUUUAAAUUGGGGCUUUGAUGCAAACGACAGUUUGUUUCUUCCAAUUCAUUUACAUCGACAAGUGGCGUUAAUGAUUGUCGAGCUUAUGAUGAAGUACGCACCUGACAAUCCAGCGCAGACUGCCUCUCUAUUAGCUGAAGGUGUAAAGCAAGUGUCUUCGAUAGUGAGACCACAGAACAGCGAACAGGCAUUUAGUCUGUGGGCUUGGGAGAUAGUAAAUAGAUUAAGGCUUCAUCAGUUAGAUCAAUCGGAAGCCAUGUGUCGGCACAUUUUAUCGAACCCAGCUGAGGGUCUCUCUAAUAUGCCCAACAUGGAAUCCGACUCUUUUCUUGACGUCUUGACGAAAGGAGUGCGCGAAAAGCAGCCGUUAGCUUGCUACGUCUCCGUGCUAAUGACACUAUGGGGCCAUUCAGUGCCAUUAAUUUGCGUUGAAGGCUUCGGCCAGUUGCAAACUCUACAGUGCUAUUACAAGUACGAGCAAGUGCUGGUGUGUUUGUACCGUGUAGUGCCGUUGUUCCUCGAGUGUCCGGACUCGUUGCUGAAAAACGAUAAGUUCGUCAGUUUAAUAGUACCACUCAUUACUGCUGACCGCACGUACAUGAAGAUAGCGAAAAAUCUGAUCGCCCCAGAGUUUCCCGGACCAAUUCUUAAGCAGUUUGCCCAUAUGAUCGAGUCGCAUCUGCAUCAUUACAAACGAUAUUGUUUAUACAGUCCAGAACGUUUUGUACACUUAUGGCUGAAUGUGCUGAUAUUAGUCCAAGAUUGGAAUAAAGAUCAUAGUGUGAUGUACCUGAUGGAUACUGUAAUUCGUGCAGCAUUCUUUCAUUUAGAUACCAGAGCAACGAUGAGAAACAUGUUUCAGAAUCUCUUUUGCCCUGCUAUAGAAGGUAAUAAUGAGAACAUAACAUCGAAUCGGACUCCAGGAUCAUUCGGCUCCUUUUUAAGCUGGGCCACAGGAUCAUCUAACUCUACGAGCCUCCUCGGCGGAACUGUCCAGGCAAUAUGGCUCGCGUAUCAAGUCCUGUUGGCGGAGGAGUACGACAGAGAGAUAAAAACCGGGUUGUGGCGCGAAAUCCUACGAGAGCUAUCCAUGCAGUCCAAGAUAUCUUUGGACACCGCACUCAAGAGAGCCUGUGCAACGGUAAAAGUGACACCAUUUGGAGUGAAUCACCUAGCUAUCUAUCGCUGGUCUCAGCAAGCCCUCGAUACACCUGUAGAUCAUCCACUUCUACCGCUUUUAUGGCAACAUUUCUUCAGUUUAUUCCUCGCACGAGUUCCCAUUACAGGAUCUACCGGUCAAGGCGGAGUCGGUGAAAAUUUCUUCGAGGGUAUGAUGAACCUGAACUACAUGAAGAAAUUAAAAAAGCGUUUGCACGAAACGACGGAACAUUUCCGAUCGAAAGGGGAGAAGGACAUAGACAAUGGAAAACCAAUGACAGAUGAACGGCGUGUAUUUUACUUUAGCGUCGCAAAGUUUUAUAAAACAUUGAGUCUUUGGCUGGAGGAACCUCGUCUUCAGGAGCCUGCGUGUUAUUUUCCAGCUUUACCGCCACAAUAUAUGCCGCAGAGACUAAUCUUGCUAGUACAAGGAGAUCGAGCUCCCUGGCUUGAGUACGUUGAUCACUGGGCAGUAGAACAAAGUCAAUUGAAAGCUGUUCUCGAGUGGGAACGCGCGACGUUCCGUGAUCCUGAAAAUCAGUACCUGAGAUGCUGUCAGUCUCCAACGAACGCUAUGGAAACGGCCGAUCCUCUUCGCCGCAUCUUUCGCAGAUUGGGCUCUUACGAAUCACCGGUGCCACCGCCGCCUCUUAGCCGGAACCAGUUAGUGCUGGGCUGCAUAGUUCGAGAAAGUCUUUACAACGUCGCCGCAGUUGUCGAUCUCGUUAAGCCGCACCUAAGGAUCGUUCUGGACUACGCGCAGACAUACAACUUAAUGGUUUCCGAACACACCGCGGUAGACUGCAGUUUUCUGGAGUUGGUGCCGACCCUUUAUCGGAUCUUCGAAAAUCAAGUGACCUUGCACGCUCUCUGUGACCCUGCGCCACUAGGUCAGAGACGCUCCAGAUCAGGCACACCACCCACGGUGCACUGUGCGGGUCCUGCAGUUAUUAGAAUCAAGGUUGCAGAGGCUCAUGUCAGCGAAGGUGUGGAUCACAUGAUAACUCAGAAUCGAGCAGAAUAUGAGAAUUUAUUAGUGAAAGCUAGUCAACCGCCACCCAGCAAAGUCACUCUGGGCUGCGUUUUCAUUGAUCAUUUGAUUGCAAUGCUGGAGCAUGAGUUAACUGUCAGUCACACCAACGAGAACGGUGCGAUAUUGCAGAAAGUUCAAGAGAGCGGAGUCGAGCUGUUCUACUACCUAGUGGACUCGUAUACGGAAGAAGCAACGUUGUGCCCACCUACAAAACAGCUUAUCACUACUUGCUUGGAGAAGUUGGGCCGGUUAUUCAUUAGCGGAGAAGAGAGUCGAGGCCCGCGAUUACUGAGUACAAUUAUUCAAAGACCUAGUCUCGGUGGCUUGUUGGGUCCGCACUUCACACCAGUUGCCGGAGGAGCUUCUACAUUCUUGCAGAUGUAUCAAACUGUCGUAGAUUUAGCUAGUGGCUCGAAUGUCGACUUGUGCUUCGUAUUGCUCUCGAAAUUUGACGUCGGUAGCUGGUUAAACUAUCGCCGUCCACGAUUGAGUGAGAGAUCUACCUUUAUAGAUUUAGUUUCUAAGGCGUUGUGCAACAUCGGUUUGAAUCCCGAAGAAGAAAAGCUGAUGUUACACGAACUCUUCCGAAACCACCUGCGUCUCAUCCUCUUGCAUGAGUUCCCCGAGCAUUACGGCGAAGUGUUGAGCGCGGUAUUGAGAGGAUCCGAGAGUCAGAAUUUGUCUCUGGACGUAUGGCGCGAUUUAUUAGGAGCUCUUAGCGGUAAGCCAAAGUGCAGCGCGCCUAUACAUCCGUCGAAGAUCAGGGAUGAGGUCAAACAUUACGCCACGGAACAAAGGCUACUGUCUCGACAAGAGAUGCACGACACUGCUGUACUUCUAAGCCGACAUUUCAUGAAAGAAAGACUGCAGUACGGACUAUACGGGCUCUAUCCAAAAUAUAGAGUUUACAAUGAGUCUUUAACCAUAUUCCUCGGUAUGGUCGGUCACGCUCUAGUCGUAUUGACUCUUCAGGCUGAUCGAGGAUCGCUCGCUGAUCAAUUGUGCGAGAAAAUCUGGCCAGUGUUGAGCGAGAUGUACGCACCGUGGAUUACCCCCUAUUGGACAAGAAACUUGCGUGAGCCAACGGCUGCGUGGAUCCAGCAGCUGACCGAUGAUCGAUCGGUGCUACUACCAUGGAUUAUCACUGACGGUCCUUACGCAAAUCGGACGAUGGCGAUGUUCGCUGAAUGCAUACGCUUCAUUGUUGACACUAUGCCAGCAUCCAGUAAAAUCCUCAGUUUUGUAUGGCAAUUCUAUGUGUCAAACUACGCGCACGCAUCCGUCAAGGAACACGUGUUGAACGUGGUGCACGGUAACUUCCUCUCUUUGCCGUGGGAUCGCUUUCACCCCACCGCCAAUGACGUCGAAUUGAUGAUCAAGGUUGUCGAUCAGUAUUUGCCAGACUGCCAUCUGUUUCUCGGCAGCGUUUUCACUUAUGUUAACUGGUCCACCUGGAUCAACGAGUUAAUGGCCACACAGUCAUUGCCAGUCGCCGCUAAGAUGCACGUUUGUCUGUUGAACCUGUUAGUGAAGCUAUCAAACGAGCCCAAUGUUAGGCAGAAUGAGAAAGCAGUACAGCUAGUUGCGGAAUCUGAAUGCUUCUCCUGGCACUUGAUCGAUGCCACGGCGUACGAUCAGGUGAUUAAUUGGCACGUGAUGAGCUGCGAUCCUAGAGUGAUUCUAUGCCUGGACGGCGAUCCUACCCAUCCCAUUGACACAGCCGUAAACAGCUUACUAAAGAUAGCAGCAGGCUAUGAUCCCACGAUAAAGCACUUUCAUCCCACAACCCUAAAGAAGAGACAGAUGUACGUGCGUUCCUCGGUAAAAUUGCUAAUAAACUGCACCACAAGACACAAAUCUCUUCUUUCAACCAACAGCAAAGCGUUCAACGCUGCAUUGUCGCGGAUGCUCGAUGACAUGGAGAUCGUUAUCACUAACACUGUCUCCGAGUCGCAACAGGUUGCUGAAGCGGGUCUGCUGAUUACCGAGUUCUUGCACUCGAUGAAUCAGAGCGCGGCGUUAAGCGAGCAUUUCCGUACUAGUUGGACAGCAUGGCUGCUAGAACGAACAGCUAGCAGUCCAGUACUAAUGGGAGUGUUAAGAGUGAUCGGAAUUGCAGUUGCUUCUUCGUCUACUCUGGGCCAUCUCAUGGAAGCUGCCUUGGAGGCUUACUUCAAGUAUAACGUAACGGACGACGUUCGGCCUACAUGGGCGGCAGUGUUGAUAGUGCUGCAGUCCGUAGUACCUCGUCAGCCGCCACUGGAGUCUGUACUAGUGUCAGAAGGUAGAUUGCUAGCUCUCUAUUCCGUAUUGCUGAAGAGACUUCCGUCCUGUCAGGAUAUCCGAGAGGAGGGCAUGCUUCUAAUUAACUUGGUGGAUUGGAUUAGUGCCAUUAAAACUACAGAUAUCGCGGAGGAGAAACUGCCUCUGCUGUGGGCGAAAGUGUGCGAGCUGGCCUAUAGGCAGUGCCAGUACAGCGAGAACACGGUGAUAGCUGCGAGAGCUCUGAAAGGGCUGGCACGAGCGUUGUUGACGAUAGCAGAUGAUGUGGGACAAGGAUGGGGCAUUCUGGGCGCUAUCGGGCUGAGGAAAGGUUCUCAGCUUACCGUACGGUGCAAGUUCCUAAGUCGCGCCACGGCCGUCUAUUGUUUGGCGCAGUUACCAGAAUCCAAGUCCGACCAACAGUUAGUGAGAUAUACUCCGCACUCGCCCGGUGUGGCGCCCACGAGAUCGACCGAUCCGGACGCGAUGGAGAUACGACCCAGUGUGGAGGCUGUGAAGGCGAUGCAAGGUCUGGAGGGACUGUUGUUGAAUAAGCAGUACACAGAGCUGCGUGCUGACGUGGAGAGAGCUAUUCGACUCGUUAGGGAUUCAGCCAACUCCCUACACAAUGCUGUCGAGGUCGUCGGCGCUCUUACUACAGAGCUUUACAAUCAAAGAUACCUGCACGUGCUGACAGAGUGAUAGUAGUUUUACGUAGACUUAGUGACGGACUAAUGAUGAGCGUUUCGAAUCACUUUAAACAUAUGAUGCGAAUAUACGUUAUAUUUCAAGUGUUAUUGAAAAGAAUUCUUUAAAGUUUUAAUACAAUUAGGCAUAUUUAAUUUAUAUCGACGGAUUUAUAAGUUUGAAGGUUCUCGAAGAAAUUAAAUCCUUCGAAAUUUUCCAAUAUAUUGAAAUAUUCCCGAUCUCUAUUUCGAUGACACUUGAAAUAAUGCGAAAUUCGAGGAUAACUAUAUCACUGUUGACUGAGAAUAGAAUAUAUGUCCGUCACUAUGUAGAUCUCACCAAAUGACGUCGCGUUUAAAUUGAAUGCUUAACAUCUUUUAUUGGAUUUGUAGAUUACUGUGAUUUCAUCAUAAUUGUAUAUAUACGACGUUAGUAACAUAUAUUGGAAUUUAAAAUGUCUUGCGUGCUUACUUGUAUCAAUAUUCAAUUAACAGUUCUAACAUUCAAUGCACAAUUGUAAUGCAAUCUCAGACAUAAUGCAAGUUUGCAUUCAUUUUACCUUCUUAUAAUUUUAAUAUCUUAAAUCAGGAUCAGUCUAGUCGCACGAUGCAUUUUCUUCGACUCUGAUGUUCUUUCUUCUCCUUAUUUUUUCUUUAUUGCAAUAUGUAAAAUAUCGUAUUUUAUAUAUCGUAUUUACAUAAUUUUUUACGCAUUCAAUUUAAACACACACGAUUAUGUAUAUGGACUGUGUCAUUAGCAUUAAAUUAGUAAUAUGUUUUAUUUAUAUAGUAUAAAAUUUAUUAUAUGCGCACGCAUACAUUCAACACACACAAACACAAUUCGCAUAAUCGAUAAUUUGCUACUGGUGUACAGAAAUUAUAUGUUCAAUUUACUUAUGCAAAUCGCAUUAAAGAUAUCUGACAAUGCA